AUGCGCGUUACGCUAGGCUUACACAAAUGGCACGGGAUUAUUUGUUACAACUUGCAAGCAAUCAGUGUAUCUAGUGAGCAGAUAUUUUCAAUAGCUAAACAUACCAUUAGUCCAAUACGUAACCGAUUAUCAGAAGAAAUUAUUCGUGCAAGUCUUUGUCUAAAGACAUGUAUGAUAUAA